GAGAGUAGAAAAAAAGACUAAUAAAGAGUCAAUAGUGCCCACGGAAAUAUUUUCUCUUACCGAACCAAAACACAAUCCCUCUCUCUCUCUUCUCUAAUCUAUCUCUCUAUCAUCUCAAUGGAGAACUCGCCCAGAUACAGAGAUGCUUCAACGAAUCUGAUUCCAUCUCCUCGAUGCCACAACAACAGCAGCUGCAGUAUGAACAGCAGCACUGAGAGCAACAAACCACCCAUAACUCCGACCCGACACGUAACCACUAGAUCCGAAUCUGGAAACCCGUACCCAACCACUUUCGUCCAAGCGGAUACCUCUUCAUUCAAACAAGUCGUCCAGAUGCUAACCGGAUCCUCCGACAGACCCAAACAACACAACACCUCCUCUCUUAAACCCAACCCGGCCCAUCAACCCGACCCGAGAUCCUCCCCUUCCCAAUUCUCAAUCCCUGCAAUCAAAGCCGUAAACAAGAAACAGUCUUCUUCCUCCUCAGGCUUCCGUCUCUACGAGCGCCGUAACUCGAUGAAGAAUCUCAAAAUCAACCCGUUAGACCCGGUUUUCAACCCGGUUUUCUCGCCCCGGAAACCCGAGAUCCUCUCUCCAAGCAUCCUCGAUUUCCCGUCUCUCGUUUUAAGCCCGGUCACUCCUCUUAUACCCGACCCGUUUAAUCGAUCCGGGUCAUCGAGUCAAAGCCCCGACGAUGCUGAGGAGAAAGCGAUGAAAGAGAAAGGCUUUUAUUUGCAUCCGUCUCCGGCGACAACUCCGAUGGAUUCAGAGCCUCGUCUUCUUCCUCUGUUUCCGGUUACUUCUCCUCGAGUCCCAGGUUCUUCCACAGAUUCUAGUUCUUGAAUGAAACCAAACUCUAAUUUUUUUUAAAUAUCAUUUCCUUUGUGAUUUUUAUUUAUAUAUUAUCAAUGGGAAUUGAGAUGAAUCCUGAUGAGAAUUUGUUAUAUAUGAGAGAUUAUUGUAAUGCUGAGAUGAUAUGUUUGCCAAAAGCCAACUGAUAUUUGAAAUUGUACUAAUCUCUAAGGUGUUUAUUGGUUUCGUUGCUCA